GUCGUUUGACGGCUGGGGGCAACCGAGAAGAAGGAGGAAGCAGCGGUGGCGGCUGCUGCGGCGGCUGCGGCUGGGACCGGGGUGGUCGCCACGGUCGGAGCCCGGGACUGAGGCGCGGGCGACCGGGCCGGUGGGCUGGGCGGCGGGUCCGGCGGCCGCUCCCGCGCCCUUGCCCGCGCCUGGCGGCCCGAUGUGGCUGCAGCAGCGGCUUAAAGGGCUGCCGGGACUGCUGUCGAGCAGCUGGGCCCGCCGCCUCCUCUGCCUGCUCGGCCUCCUGCUGCUGCUUCUGUGGUUUGGGGGCUCCGGGGCGCGGCGGGCGGCGGGUGGCCUGCACCUACUGCCCUGGGCCCGCGGCAAGCCGGGCGCCGCCGAGCCUUCUGCCUGCCUGGAGGCGGCCACCCGCGCCUGGCGCGGCCUGCGGGAGCGUGGCGAGGCUGUACCGCUGGGCCCUGGAGUGCCGGCCCUGGUGGCCAACGGUUUCCUGGCCCUGGACGUGGCCGCCAACCGGCUCUGGGUGACCCCUGGAGAGCGGGAGCCCGCCGUGGCGCCGGACUUCGUGCCCUUCGUGCAGCUGCGCCCGCUGAGCGCGCUGGCUGAAGCUGGAGAGGCGGUGCUGCUGCUGCGGGAGGGGCUGCUCCGCCGGGUGCGUUGCCUGCAGCUCGGGAACCCGGGCCUCGGCCCUGCGGUCGCCGUCCCUGGACCUGCCUCGGCCUCCGGCCUUGCCGCGGGGUCCGGCCACGACUGCGUGCUGCUGCAAGAGGACUUUCUGGCGCACCGUGGCCGACCCCACGUCUAUCUGCAGCACAUCCAACUCAACAAUCCCACGGAGCGCGUGGCAGCGCUGCAGACUGUGGGGCCCACUGCCAGCCCAGUCCCCAAGGCCUUCACCAGUACCCUGGAGAAGGUUGGAGAUCAUCAGUUCCUCCUUUACUCAGGCCGGUCCCCGCCUACUUCCACGGGGCUGGUGCACCUGGUGGUGGUGGCUGCCAAGAAGUUAGUGAACCGGCUCCAAGUGGCUCCCAAGACACAGGUGGAUGAGACAGUACUGUGGGUUGUGCAUGUCUCAGGCCCCAUUAACACCCAGGUGCUCAAAAGCAAAGCAGCCAAGGAGCUCAAGGUGCUCCAGGACUUGGCACGGAAGGAAAUGCUGGAGCUCUUGGAGAUGCCGGCCGGGGAGCUGCUUCAGGACCACCAGCGCCUCUGGGCUCAGCUCUUCAGUCCAGGAGUGGAGAUGAAGAAGAUCACUGACGCCCACACGCCGUCCGGCCUGACUGUGAACCUGACGCUCUACUACAUGCUCUCCUGCUCUCCAGCCCCGCUGCUCAGCCCCUCCCUGAGCCACAGGGAGCGAGACCAGAUGGAGUCGACGCUCAACUACGAAGACCACUGUUUCAGUGGCCACGCCACCAUGCAUGCCGAGAACCUCUGGCCGGGGCGGCUGUCGACCGUGCAGCAGAUCCUGCAGCUCUCCGACCUGUGGAAGCUGACCCUCCAGAAGCGCGGCUGCAAGGGGCUGGUGAAGGUGGGCGCCCCGGGCAUCCUGCAGGGCAUGGUGCUCAGCUUCGGGGGGCUGCAGUUCACGGAGAACCACCUCCAGUUCCAGGCCGACCCCGACGUGCUGCACAACAGCUACGCGUUGCACGGCAUCCGCUACAAGAACGACCACAUCAACCUGGCCGUGCUGGCGGACGCUGAGGGCAAGCCCUACCUGCACGUGUCCGUGGAGUCGCGCGGCCAGCCCGUGAAGAUCUACGCCUGCGAGGCGGGCUGCCUGGACGACCCCGUGGAGCUGACCUCGGCGCCUGGGGGCCACACCUUCUCGGUCAUGGUGACGCAGCCCAUCACGCCGCUGCUAUACAUCUCCACCGACCUCACGCACCUGCAGGACCUGCGGCACACGCUGCACCUCAAGGCCAUCUUGGCCCACGACGAGCACAUGGCCCAGCAGGACCCUGGGCUGCCCUUCCUCUUCUGGUUCAGCGUGGCCUCCCUCAUCACCCUCUUCCACCUCUUCCUCUUCAAGCUCAUCUACAACGAGUACUGUGGGCCUGGAGCCAAGCCCCUCUUCAGGAGUAAGGAAGAUCCCAGUGUCUGAGUGAACUAACAGUCCUGCUCUCAGCCACCGUUUGCACAAGACACCCAGCACUGCAAGUCCUGCUGCUAGGAACAAGGGAUCCUUUGGAAGCAGCCACCCUUUGUGCCUUGUUGGGGGAAACCAGUGACACAGAAGCGUGUGUGGAUACUCCAGAGUUUGCGUUGGAAGGAACGAGUGUCGUCACUUCCAGGGGAGGGGAGGGGCCAGUGGACUUUCUGUAAGCUUUCGAAUCAAUAAAAUGAACCUAAAUGGCAAAUACUUGAAAUUGAACUCACUCCUUCUACUUUCCCCCUUUCUUCUGUCCCAGGAAAUAGACCUUCUUUUGAAAAGACUCUUGUCUAGGAGAAAUUGCUUUCUUUUCCUAAUUUAAUGUGCUCUUUCUUGAAUGAAUUUUUAAUUUAUUUUUACUGAGAUUUUGCUGGAUGGAUUUUGCAUCCACUUUAGAUAGUGACCUUGGCAGUGGGCUCUGGUCGAAGCCGCCUCGGUGGCGUGUGGAGGCCCCACAGUCCUCGGCUGGGCCUGGGCGCCCCGAGUGGCUGCACGGCCUGCGGGGAGGCUGUGGUCACAUUGUCAUCCUAGGGUUUGCACGUCCUUUCUUAACCUGAGCCUGUGGAGAUCUGUCGUUUUGUACUUUGGGCUUUGGGGGAGGUGUUUAACUUUCUAGUGAUUGAUGACUGUUGGGUUUUAAAAUACCAAAGCUUUUUUUGUUCUGUUUUUAAAUAAAUAUCUUUCAAACUUC